CGAGGCUUAUCUGAGCAAUUCGACUGUGUCUCUCCUGGUCCCUCUAUCUAUCUUCGCUCAGAUAAUUUUUUUCGGGAAAAAAAUUAAAUUUUGAUGCUGUUUUCAGUCAUUUCAAAGGCACCCAAAAUCAAAAUCUAAACCAAAUCCAAAUGAAUAUCUUAAACCCCAAUUUGCCACAACAAGUUUCAUUCUCCAAAUCUUUGUCAAGUUCACAAUGGCACUUUCUCCACAACAAUAGCAACAAUUUAAGCUCCCUCACACGCCCUUCAACUAUGACCACUAUUAUCCGCAUGGGUGGAGGGCCAAGAACAUACCCAGGUGGUGUGUCCAAGUGGCAGUGGAAGCGUAUGCAGGCCAAGAAGGCCAAGCAGCUUCUAAAGGCGCGCUUAAUGCGCGAGAGGCAGAUAUACGAGAUGCGCAAGAGGGCUGAGCUGAAGGCUGCUGUUUCAGAGCUUGAGAGGCCAUGGGAGGUGGUUGAGAAGGCCCCCAGCUUGUUCUCUGUGAGUGCUGAUGAACAGGUUAAGGUUCUUGCUGAUAGGUUCCAAAGGCCUGGUGGGUUUGAUCUUUGGAGCGAAAAUGAUGGACCGCAGUUGUUUGAAACCCCUGAUGACUUGCCCUCUGCAAGGUUUUUUCCUAAAGGGGUUGUUCAUAGUAUCAAGCCUUACAGGAAGGUUGGUGGUGAUGGUGAUGAGUUGAUGAAGGGCCCUGUUGUGGAGGAUGAUUGGUCUGGUGAUGCAGAUGGAAGAGGGUUUUGUUCUGAUUCGGAUUCUGGGGUGGAUGGAGUGAGCUUUGAUAGUAGAAAGGGGAAUGGAAGGAAGUUUUUGUCGAACGGUGUUGGUCGGUCUAAUGAUGGAGAGCGUUCUUCUUCUUUGAAUUAUGAUGGUAGGAAAGGAUUUAAUGUUGAUGGAAAAAUGAGGAAGAAUGGUAAUGGAAGCAAGUUUUUUUCAAAGGGUGUUGAUGGGUCUGAUGAUGGAGAGCGUUCUUCUUCUUCUUCUUUGGGUUCUGGGAGGAAAGGAUUUAAUGUUGAUGGAAAAAUGAGGAAGAAUGGUAAUGGAAGCAAGUUUUUUACUAAGGGUGUUGAUGGGUCUGAUGAUGGAGAGCGUUCUUCUUCUUCUUCUUUGGGUUCUGGGAGGAAUGGAGUGAGUUUUGAUGGCAGAUCGAGGAAUAAGGGGAAUGGAAGAAGGUAUUUAUCAAAUAAUGUUGAUGGGUCUGAUGAUAGAAGAUUGAGGAGCAAGGGUGAUGGAAGAAGAGUUAUGCCAAAAGAUUUUGAUGGGUCUAAUGGUUUGUAUUCGGGGAGAGUUGGUUCUGGCAUGAUCCACAGAGGGAGUAAUUCCAUUGCAGGCAGAAGAAGUGGGAAAUAUACUAAAAGAACUUCAGGCAAUGCUUCACGAAGAGUUAGAGAAGCAGAUUCUGAAGUUUAUGAUAUGGGUUUGGAACAAGAUGGGAGUUAUGGUUUCCUACAGGAAAGUGAGUAAUAUAACUCUACAAGUUGGUAAAACUGUGAACUCUUAUUCAAGGCAUUCUGGAUUAUUAAUGAGUUUUGCUAUUGGCAAAAGGUUUGCUUGGGGAAGAUGACUGAUGCUUUGUCUACAACAUUGUAUUGCCAUUUUGGUAGGCCUUUUCUAGUCAGCUUAAUCUCUCAGAUCUGCAUAUGUAGCAAGUCAAAAUUGGACUAAGCUUGUCAAAUAUCAUAUCAUUUUUUGAAAGUAUAUUCUGUAUAUAUUACAUUUGUAUCUUGAAAAGAAAAAUUGAA